AUGCGCUCAUGGCUUGACGUAGUAUCGCUUGGCUGGUUGCGAUUUGACCGUACAACUAUCCGACAUGUUCUCUAUGGCAUCAUCGCUGGCCUCACCCUGUCUAUUACAUCCACCUCCUUUGCGCUUGAAUAUCAAAAGCGCAAGAAGGAACACAUUGCACGCCAGUAUAAACCACGUCCCAUCGAGCUAAGAAGCGACGAGAUCAUCAAAGGUGUAACAGGUCUCAUUGGUAACACACCAUUGGUGAGAAUAAACUCCCUGAGUGACGCACUGGGCGUCGAAAUUCUGGGAAAAGCCGAGUUUUUGAACCCUGGCGGCAGUGUGAAAGACCGCGUAGCGCUGAAAAUAAUCGACGAUGCCGAAAAACAAGGCCUGCUACACCCGCAUACAGGCUCCCGAAUUUUUGAGGGAACGGUUGGCUCAACCGCUAUCAUCAUGCCAGACGACGUUGCUGAAGAAAAGGUGAAGACGCUGCUGGCUCUUGGUGCUCAGGUAGAGCGUGUGCGGCCUGCCAGUAUAGUAGACAAGAAACAGAACCUCGCCAAGCAACGCGCCAUGAGCUUCGGGGUAGAGGAUUCCCUCUCCGACCACGCAGCGAAUCCGCGCAGCCACCUGCUACCUACCCCGAGCUCGACGAAGCCGCGCGGAUUUUUCGCGGACCAGUUUGAGAACAGGAGCAACUUCGAGGCGCACUUCGAGGGCACCGGUCCCGAAAUAUGGCGCCAGACGAAUGGACGCGUAAGCGCGUUUGUAUCGGGAGCGGGCACCGGCGGUACUGUCGCUGGCAUUGGCCAGUUUCUCAAGUCGAUGGACGAGGACGUCCGCAUCGUUCUGGCGGAUCCGGAGGGCAGCGGCUUGUACAACAAGGUGAAGCACGGAGUCAUGUUCGAUCGCAGGGAGGCGGAGGGGACGAAGCGCCGGCACCAGGUGGACACGGUCGUCGAGGGCAUAGGGAUCAACCGGCUCACGAAGAAUAUGGAGCUCGCUUUGCCGAUCCUCAGCGACGCGUUCCGGAUCACUGACGCCGAGGCGGUCAGCAUGUCCCGGUAUCUCGUCGAGCACGACGGAUUGUUCCUCGGGUCCAGUAGCGCGUGUAACUUGGUGGCUUGUGUCAAGCUCGUGAAGAAGAUGGCAUGGCGGGAUGGGCAGUCUGUCGUGACCAUCUUAUGUGAUUCCGGGAACAGGCACUAUUCGAAGUUCUGGAACGACGACUACCUCCAACGAGCUGGCACCCCCAUCGACAUGCAUAUCAUCGAAGAUCUCUUGUCGCCAUGA